UGCAGUUUUUUUAUGUUUCAGAUACUUAUAUACUGGAAUUUAUGUUCUCUUCACUCUCUUACUAGGAAAGUAACAAAUUCAAUUAGAAAUUUAAUAAACAAAGAAAGAUAUUGAUGGCUUAUUUACGGACUGUGUUUGUGCUAGUCCUUUUGUCUAUAUUAGUACAAGCCUUUGCCCAAGAUAAAAAAACAAAUUUGAGAGGCUGGUUUGAUGCGAAGGAGGAUGAUCCACAUGUCCAGAAUGCCCUACAAUUUGCGACAGAAGAGUACAACAAAGCAAAUAACGGUGACUACAUCCUAAGAGUCCACAAGACCAUCAAACUAAAGAAGAAGGUGGUGGCUGGUAUGAUGUACUUAAUGGAAGUAGAUGUUAUUACUACUAAAUGCACAAAUGCAGACUCAAUUCCAGAAGUCUGUCCAAAUGAGAAAAAUACGUCAAAGAUUAAACGGUGCACAUUCCAAGUUCUGAGGGUUCCUUGGAAGACCAUAACCGAAUUGCAAAACAGCUAUUGCCGCUAAACUGCCAUGAAGAUUUGAAUUAAAAAGAAAAUAUUCCUUGAUGAUUUUUGGAAAAGGAAAUAGUCACAAUCUUUCUUCAUUACAAAAGCAAUUACUUUGCCUUGAACGUCAGAAAACUUUAAAAAAUGCACUAUUAUUUUACGUAAUUAUGUAUCACACUGAAUAAUGUUUCAUUUAACUAUUUCUGAUUGGUCAAAAGUGUAGAUGAGACAUAGAUGUGUGAAUAUUAUAAACAGUUCUUGUAAAGAUAUAUAGGGGCUUAUUUAUCAAAGGUCUUGCGGACCUGAUCCGACAGUGCGGAUCACGUCCGCAAGACCUCGCUGAAUGUGGAGAGCAAUAUGCUCUACACAUUUAACAUUGCACCAGCAGCUCACAAGAGCUGCUGGUGCAACGCCGCCCCCUGCUAACUCGCGGCCAAUGGGCCGCCAGCAGGGAGGUGUCAAUCAACCCGAUCGGGUUGAUUUCCGGCGAUUCCUGUCCGCCUCAUCAGAGCAGGCAGACAGGGUUAUGGAGCAACUGGUGUUUCUGGCGAGUCUGAAAACUCGCCAGAAACACGGCCCUUCAAGCUCCGUUCGGAGCUUUAUAAAUGGGCGCCAUAGGCUGUUUAAGUAUCCAACUGUGAAACAUGUUGAAACCUCAGAGAUGAAGGAAUUUAGUGCCUGUAAUGCCAAUUCAGCCUUUCCGCUUUCAAGGGUGGCACAUUUGAGUAAAUAUAAUUAAUCAUAAUAACAGCUAUCCUUUAACAGCUGUUGAUCAUCAAUUAAGCUUCUGAAUGCACUUGUGUACAAAAGUGCUAUAUAAAUAAUAUUUUUAUAUUAUGACAUAUUCUUUUAAAGAGCUAAUGCCUAUAAUAUUAAAUAAAUGGACAAAGAAAAAUCAAUGCAUUGUUUUCAUAUAUUUUGGAAACAUAAAGUCCUUAAAAUAAUACUUUAGUGCCAUAUCCACUAUGUUGCAAUAUGAGAAUAUUGUAACAUUUAACCAGAGCUAGAUUAUAUAACACCAAUAAGAGAUUGUUGAUGUAUUGCUAAACAUAGUAACGCGAAUGAUAAAGCCUGUUGUUUGAGAAAUUAGUUACUUGGAGCCUUUUUGAUAUUUGACCUGCAGUGUGAUUUAUAUAACAUUGGUUUUGAUAAGGAAUAGCAUUGACAUAAUGUGCUUUACAAAUUAUAAACUGUAGAUUAUAUUUGUUUCAUAUGACUGCCAUUAUCUGCAGACAUUAUAGAACAUGUAUAUGUUUUCAUUAUGCUAUUAUAUAAUAUCACAAAAGGUUUAACACAAUGUGACAACAUACUGUAUGAAUAAUAAAUAGAUGUCAUCGUUCAUUCAGCAUAACAUGGGUAAGACAAUCAUUUGAUAUUUGAGAUUGCAGAAUGCAGAACACAUGAGAACAUAAUUUACUAAACAGAUUCAGUGUAUAUUAUACUGGAAUACCUGCAGAAUAGUUUAUUAUAUUUUCUUAUUCUAUUAAUUUGCUGUCUUCUUUCUUCAUGUUGUAAUAAAAUAUUUCUGUUCUCAA